AUGAACGUCUGGACAGAGCAUCGAAAUCCAGAAGGUCGUACCUACUGGUUCAACACAGGCACAAGGGAAAGUGUCUGGGAGAAACCAGACGAUCUGAAAACACCCUUUGAGCGUGCCUUGAAUCAAACAAAAUGGAAGGAAUACUUCUCUGGUGGGAGGAAGUACUAUUACAAUACCGAUUCCAAAGAGUCGAAAUGGGAUAUGCCCGAUGAACUUCUACUGCUGCUUGAAAAGGUGGAAAAGGAGAGUAAAGCAGCGCCGCAACCAAAUAAUGCCCUAGUUGCCACUUCAGGCGGAAAUGCUGGAACUCCUCUGCAAGGUGCACCUGCUGCUAUGGGAGCGACUGACUCGUCCUUAUCCGCCCCCGGUUCUCAGACGCAGCCGAAUGGGCACAUGGGCGAACUCGCUGUUGGUCCACACACUGGUGGUCUGCCUUUUGCCCCGUCCAGCGUUCUGCCUGCUCGGCCCAAUUUGCCAGAUGAUCCUGUCAUUCCCCACAACGGGUUUGUGACCGUCGAGGAAGGUGAGAAAGCGUUCAUGCAUUUGUUACGCAAGGCUGGAGUGGACAUGGAUUGGACAUGGGAUCAAACUAUGCGCGCCAUCAUCACGGACCCACUAUACAAAGCGCUCAAUACAUUGGCGGAGAAAAAGGCAGCCUGGCAAAAAUAUAUCGAUGCUAUCAAGACGAAGGCUCACGAGGAACGUGAAGCUCGAUUGUCCAAGCUGCGGCCUGCGAUCAGAAACAUGCUCAAGGGAAAUCCAAAUGUCUUCCACUACAGCACCUUUGCCACUGCCGAUAAGCUAUUCGCUCAACAUCCGAUAUGGCAACAAGCGAAGAUCGAGGCAGAGCGUAAACUGAUAUUCGAAGAGUACGUAGCAGAGCUCAAGCAACGUGAAGUGCAAGAGAGUCGUGCCGCGCGCUCUCGCAGUGUCUCUAAAAUCGUAGCCUUGUUCAAGCGACUCGACGUUGAUGUUACAACGCGUUGGCGUCAAGCGAACCAACUUGUCCUCGACUCCGAAGAAUGGAAGGAAGACCCGGAGCUGCAGAAGCUGCCUACACUAGACAUCCUCCUCGCAUUUGAGGACUACAGCCGAGUUCGCGAGCGUGAAUUUGAUGAGCAGAUGCGCCGUGCUCAGGUAGAAAAAACGAGAAAAGAGCGUAAGGCCAGAGAAGGAUUCCGAGAUUUGCUUCAGAGCCUUGUGCAGUCAGGCCAACUCAAAGCUCGUACGAAAUGGAAAGAAGUAUAUCCUUCCUUUGCCGAAGAUCCCCGAUACCUGGACAUGCUCGGCAAUCCUGGAUCGAAUCCUCUCGAGCUUUUCUGGGACGUCGUUGAUGGCCUUGAUCAAAAGCUCGACGCGAAGAUCGCCAUUGUGGAGGGGGCAAUCAAACGUCACAACAAGCAGCUUGAAAUCCAAGCUCAACAAGGAGACGGUUCGAAGAAGGAUGGGGAUGAGAACAACGUCAAGUUGUUCAAAAUUACUUCUGAUACUACUGAGACAGAGUUCAUCUCGAUUGUGAAACCAAAUGAUGAUGAAGAAAUGCGGAAGCUAUCUUCAGAGGACCUGAAGGGUAUCUUCGAUACGCUCUAUGCACAAGCAUUGAAGCAGCAAGCAGAUGAGAAGCGCCGUGCUGAGAGAAGGCAGCGCCAUUUGCAGGACGAUCUGCGUUAUGCCCUCAAGAAACUCACUGAACCCAUCGAUCUUAAUAUGUCGUACGAAGAUGCUGUCCCAAUUAUACAAGAUCUACCUGAAUACAAGGCCAUAGAAGAUGAGGAAAGCAAAAGGGCCGCAUUUGCGAAGUUCGUCAAACGUCAGAAAGAGCGUCUGCGAGAACGCGAACGUGAGGCGUCCGAGGACGGUGGCUCCACAACGAGCCGUAAACGUAAGGAGCCCACUAAGGACACGCGAGAUGGGGAUCGCGAGCGGGACCACCGUGAACACCGUGAUCGCGAGCGAGAUUCGGAGAGGGAUUACCAUGACAGUCGCAGCACUCGUCCUCAUCGUGGGCAUGAAGAUCACGAGAGUCAUAGCCACCGAUCCUCAAAGGACUAUCCCCGCGAGCGCGACUACGCCAAGGAAAAGGCUUAUCAUGGUCGCGAGAAAGAGCGAGACAAGGGGGACCAUGCUUAUAAGUCUUCCAGGCAUCACCGGGAGUAUGAGAGGGAUGACAAAAGGAGAGACCGCAAAAGCACGCGGGGUGACCACGACGGAUACGGCGGCAGGGAUUGGGAUGAGGGUUCAGCAUAUGGUCAGGACGCUCCCCCGGCCCCCACGUACCGGGAUGACAGGGAGAGAAGUGCGUCUGUUUAUCGAGACGACCCGCGUGAGAAGAGAGACAGGACGGUGUACGACGACAGAGGACUCGAGGGACGCGCGGAAAAGAGGGCCAAAUACAGUGUCCCGCCGGAGGGCAUACCAGAGGAGCCGCCUAAGCACGAGCCUCCUCCGAGGGCAGAAACUCCGGAGGAAGGGGAAAUAUGA